UAUAGCGCGAGUAAGCGUGCGCGCGAUCACUCCUUCGCGCAGGACGUGCAAAAUUCUGGCGCGUCGGCGCGACGCAGUCCUGAGUACGGGGGUGGGAGUCACUAUUAGAAGCCAGAGUACCCUUAUCCCCGUCAAUUUCAAUUCUGCCCGCGAGAGAUUCGAAACCGGACAUCGAGUGAUCUCGCUCUUCUGCUGCUGCUGCUGCUAUUGCCGCUCCUUCUACUGCUGCUAAUCGCUCUUGAGGCUUCACAAAAGUUUGCCAUGAAGGUGCUAAAACUCGUUCUUUCCCUGCUGAUAAUCAUCGAGUCCGUGGAAAUCGCUCGAGCCGAUGAUGGACUGGAGAUCGUUGCAAUGAAACGGCCAUUCUGCAAUGCAUUCACGGGCUGCGGCAGAAAGCGCGACCCGUCCUACGCGUCGGGCCUGCAGCUGCCCAUUCCACUGUACCGGGCACUGCUGCGGCUGUCCAGUCUGCGCAACGGCGCCGCCGCCGAGGUCAGGAUGAGGCAGCGUCCCCUUGGUCUCAUCGGGCCGGAGAAUCUCGUGCAACUUGGCCCGCAAGCUCCACGUCUGAUGGCCGCUCCGGUCGUUGUGCCGAGCCUAUAUUAAACUAUAUGCUCUCUCUCUCUCUCUCUCUCUCUCUCUCUCUCUCUCUCUCUCUCUCUCUCUCUCUCUGCUGCGAUGUCGUCUCUAUACACUCUGUCUCUCUCACUUAUUGCGUAUUCGUACCUUUGAGUUCUGGAUCCAGACGCCUCGGGAUGUUUUUUGUUUUCUCGGCUCUCUUGCGCCGAGUUUUUUUUUUUCAUUUUCUUGAGCGCGUGGGAGGAGAGGAUUGCGAGUCCUGGUAUAUAUCGACGAUGCGACGAAAUGUCGGAUCGUUGUUGUAUUCACCGAUAUAUUUAUUUAUGUGUUUUAUGAUGAUAUCGGCUGCUCGAGGAUGCUAUACUUCGAGUGUGCUUAUGGAAUGUACAAUCGUUUGUAUGACGGUUUUGGUUGCGAUACUCAAAUUGAUUGCACGAACCUUUGGUGACCAAGUUUUACGAACAAUAUUAUCAGAGUUUUAUUUAUUAAUUGAAUAUGUUUGUUUGAUGGAUAAGGAUAUAAAUGAAAAAGCAAUAAUUUUUUAUUUAUAAUAGGACUAUAAUCACGAAUCACGUUAAACCUCUGAUGAAUUCACAGACUCAAAUUCGUUGAUAUGCAUAUAUGUUUUGGACAUCAAAUGGUUGAUAGAAUAAUGAAAAAACUGACUCGCUAUAAAUUUGUUUCUUAUUUUGGUUCCGAUUUGUCAAUGGCGGCUAAAUAAAAUACUCGAGCAUAACACCGAUCAAAAUUAGUUAUAAAAAAAAAUCAAGUACUACUGUACAACUAUACAGACAUAUUGCUGUUCAAGCGACGCAGAUAUUACGUAUUAUCUAUAUUCUUUAAUGAAUAUGUAUAUUAUAUAAACAGAGGCCUUCGAUAUAUCCAUUCGUGUAUAAUUACGAGAAUCGAUGUACAGGUUUCCGCAACUGUUUAUUGUUCCAUAUAUUAAAUUAUGCUGUAUUCGAUACUUAUCCAUUUUUUUAAAUCAAUUAUUAUGUAACAUGUAUGGAAAAAUUAUUGACUUGAAGUUACAAAAUUGGUUAACGUUUAAUAAGAUGAUAUAUAAAUCAAUGUAGUAUAUAGUAUGUACAUUAAAUUUAAAAAAGAAAUUAUCUGUUCUAUAUAUGACAUGUUGAAGAUGCGACCUAUAGAAAAUAAUAACGAACAAAUUAUGAUGUUUAUCGAAGUGAAAGUAUAAUUGGUGUUUACGCAUUUGAUUCAUGAAAAAUUAUCCUUUGACUCAUUCGUCAUCGAAAAAUUUUUUAAGAGCCUCAUAAAUUAUCUGAUUUUUUGUACAAUGAAAUUCUACUCUUGAUUUCGAAACAUUUAUUAUGUCCAUUUGUUACAUAUAUAUUUUAUAAAUAAAAUUACACUUAUACUCCUGGAAGAUCGUGCUUCAUUUCCAGAACGUUAUA